UGGUGGAUAUAUACGUUGGAUUGAUCAUAGUGUUUGUCUAUAUAGAGACAAUUACAAAAUAUCUCUUUGUCUCUCUUUUCCACCGCCAUUUUCAUCUGCAACUUCCAGCCUCUCAAGCUCCGCUGCCAUGGCUGCAGGAGGAGGAGAAAGAGAGUCGUCGAGAUCCAGACCAUAUUUGAGCCGAUCCUGUAUUCUUCUUAUAGUGGUAUCGGGGAUGGAAAGGUUUGUAUUCAAAGGGGUGGCGUCGAACUUGGUGACGUAUUUAACAGACGUGAUGAAGAUGAGCAACUCAUCGGCGGCGAAAACCGUGAGCAGUUGGUGCGGUUUCACUUCCAUGCUGCCGUUGCUGGUGGCGCCGCUAGCUGAUUCUUAUUGGGAUCGUUAUUCCACCAUUUUAGCUUCUGCUUUUCUUUACGUUCUGGGUCUAGUUGCUUUAACAUCAACAGCAUUAGCAAGAUCAUGGUCGCCAACAAACAUGGCCUCCUUGUUUCUGUUCUCGUCCCUCUACCUCAUCUCCCUCGGUCAGGGUGGAUACAACCCUUCUCUCCAAGCCUUCGGCGCCGAUCAGCUCGACCACCACGACGCCGAACUCCUCACCAGCAAUGCAAAAACACCGACAUCGCCUCAUCCGAAGAAAAAGAGCUUGUUCUUCCAAUGGUGGUACUUUGGAGUAUGCAGUGGCAGCCUUCUUGGUGUGACAGUGAUGUCCUACAUUCAAGACAACUUUGGUUGGGUGAUUGGGUUUGCCAUUCCCAUGUGUGCCAUGGUUUCUUCUGUUGCUCUGUUUGCUUGUGGCACUAGAAUUUAUCGCUAUAAAACAGGUGUUGAAGAGGAUCAAGUUGAGGAGAGAAGGUUUGUGAAGAUUAUGGAGAUUUUCAAAGCCACUGCUUCCAGGCUCAUGUGUUGCACAAGUGUUGCUGCCUUGUCCAAUGGCGACUCUGAUGAUGAUGUUGAGUUAGAGCUUCAAGAGAGCAAGCCACUGUGUCAUGAAAGCUCAGGAGCAAUAAAGGCCAUGGUUGACAAAAACAACAUGAUUCCAAGAGAGAGAGUGUGUGUACCAGAUAAGGUAAAACUGGUUCUGCGGCUAUUACCAAUUUGGACAAUGCUUCUAAUGUUUGCUGUAAUCUUCCAACAACCAGCUACCUUCUUCACCAAGCAAGGCAUGACAAUGGAGAGAAACAUCGGCGCCGACUUCAAGAUCCCACCCGCCACCCUCCAGAGCGCCAUCACCAUCUCCAUAAUCCUCCUCAUGCCGUUAUACGACAAAGUCUUGAUCCCGAUCACCCGUCUCUUUACCGGUGCUGAGAAGGGCAUCACUGUGAUGCAGAGGAUGGGCGUUGGAAUGUUCCUCUCCACCAUUGCCAUGAUUCUCGCUGCCCUUGUUGAAGCCAAGAGGUUGAUGAUGACGAAAACUGCAUCGUCGUCGCCGUUUGUGCCGCUUAGUAUCUUCUGGCUUCUGCCUCAGUAUAUAAUCUUAGGAAUUUCAGAUAUUUUCACAGUGGUGGGGAUGCAAGAGUUCUUCUACUCGGAGGUUCCGGUGAGCAUGAGAACAACGGCGUUUGCGUUGUACAAUAGUGUGUUCGGCGUUGGGAGCUUUUGCAGUGCGAUAAUGAUAUCGGUCGUGGAGUUGUUGACGAGUAUGGAGGGGAAGCCGAACUGGUUUUCCGACGACAUGAGGGAAGCUAGGUUGGACAAAUAUUAUUGGCUGUUGGCAUUUUGCAGUGGGUUGAGCUUUGUAUUGUAUGUGAUUUGGUGUAAAUGUUGCAGAACAAGUAGGAUCAAUGAAGAAGAAACACAAUAUUGAAUUUGAAUCAAGCUUUGUCAGUUUGAUGGAUUUUGUAAAUAUUUAGUGAAAUCAUUAAAUUGUGGAAUCAGAUUGUAAUGGAUCUUUUUCUUCCCA